AAUUGGUGACUGAAACUGAAAGCUAAAUAAAUGUUUUAGUGGAUAAAGCUGUGCCUGUUUGCUUAAUUGGUUGAUGUCACUUAAAAUAAGGUUACUAAACUCUUCCUUUUGGCACGCCCCCACCUUUUGGCACGCCCAUUGCCCCAGGCUGCAACUACCCCUACUUGGCAAAAGUGAGCGUUUAUCACCUUGUGGUGAUAAUGUGGAAAUAAUUAGGUUUAUUAUCUAAUUAAUGCAAUCUAAAGGUGCGUUCGACCAGAGGUUCGUCUUUAAGCAGCGAUGCACAUAAUGAUCACUGUAUGACAUCAAAGUACCGCGAGAGCAAUAAGAUUAAUGAAGAAGAAGGAAUGAAGAAGCAAUAAGAUUACUUUCCUGCAGAGACCUGCUGAUUUCCGGCAACGGUUGAGUUUCGGUUUUGAUACGUCAUUAUUCUACUUGUGCACAGGAAGAGGAACAAGGGGCUUUUGUUGGGCUUCAGAUUAAACGCAAAUCCGUGUGCAUGAAAACGUCAUUGUUCUGUACGAUCUUUUAAAUCAUGAAACGCGGACUGUUCACUAUCAUUGGGGUCACAGCUGGGGCAGUUGGUGCGGUUGCAUUGGCCCCUGUGGCGCUCACCAUGGCUGGAUUCACCUCUGCUGGUAUAGCAGCAGGGUCUCUGGCUGCCAGCAUGAUGUCAUCAGCAGCCAUCGCCAACGGUGGUGGUGUGGCUGUGGGAAGUUUGGUCGCACUCCUCCAGUCUGCAGGUGCUGCUGGACUGUCUGCAGGUGCGGCGGCAGCUGUGGCAUCUGUGGGUGGAGCAGCAGGUGCUGUAAUAGGUGGAGCUGCAGAUUUGUUCUCUCAUUCCAGGAGUCCACCUUCACUUGAGGAGGAAGAUGAUGGAAAUGAAGAAGAAGAAGAGAUAGAGAUGCUUUUUUUGGAGUCCAAAGACCUUGUGCCAAAAUAAGGACUUCUGUUAAUAACAAUGUAUUUGUUUGAGCACUUUGUAUUUGUGUUCAUGUCGGUCAUGAUGGAAGAUAACUCCUUUUAUUAAUCAACUAAAAUUUUUUAUUUUGCCAGAUUUCAAAGUAUUACCUUUUUAAGUAUGAGUGCAAGAAAUUGUAAUUAAAAGGAUUUGUGUCCUUGAAUGUCAUACUUAAAUCUUUACAGCAGAAUUUGGAUUCGUCAGAUAUUUAAACUCAUUUGCUACCUGCCAUUUUUUUUUCGCCUGCUGCAAUCUGACCAGCCCUCGACAUUUCAAGUUAGUAUUUUGUAAAGCUUCUCUCAUCAAUGUUUCUUUCACAUAAUUGAACUAAAUAAAAAUGUAUAGGCUAUGCAGUAAGCAAAUAAAUGAUAAUUCAGAACAAUAUGAUA